GCAUGAAUCACUGCUCUCUGCUAUAAGAGGAAUGCUGAUGUUUUGGGGGCAUGACACACAGAACAGACCUUGAGCAUGAAGCGGUUUUUGAAGAUUUAAAGAAUGAAGCUGAUUGUACCCUUUUACAUUAUGCUACAGUUGUGCUACAGUUGGCCUGUUCCAGUUGAUAAAGUCAAGAAUGAAGCCAAAUUAUUGGCACAAACAACAAUCAUAAGAAUUGAGAAACAUACUAAUCAGUUUAAAGUAUCGCCAAAUGUGAUUAUCAGUGGACUAGAACUAAUCCCAGAUUCCUCCAGUGAUAAAGCCCUGGACAGUUUAGGAUCCGUGGAAGAAAAUUUGGGAAUAUUUCAGGAAAUUCUGUCCAGCCUACCAAUAGAUAAUGUGGACCAAAUCCUUGCAGACGUGGUCAAUCUUCAGACAAUCAUACGGUCACUGGCAGCAUCAAUUAGCUGUGCACCACUCAAAUCAAGGAACACUGACCAUCUGGAGAAUUUCCUAAAAAAUAAUUCAACCUUCCGGUUCACAAUAGGAAAUGUAGCUUUGGACAGGCUUCAGAAAUAUCUGCUCAAAUUGAUAAGAAACUUGGAUCAACUAAAGAAAUGCUGAGCAACCCACAUGAUGCUUAAUACCUUUAUUUAAAUUAUUAUAACUUAUUUAACAAAUGUAUUUUGUAUUAUGUAUUUUAAUAACAUGAAUUUUUAUUUAUAUAUUUGUGUAUUACAUUUUGCACUGUGUGUCUGAGUAUGGCGUGUUGUAUUUUUCUAUAUAUGAAUGGAUUUUUAUAAAGAUGAGAAUAAUGGAAAAGAAAGAAAGUUUUUCUUUUUUUCUGGGACUUAUAUACUUGUUUUUUGGAAUAUCAAUGGAAGUUCUCAAUGAUUUUAAUGCUAUGACUAUUUAUACUUUAUAUUUAUUUAUGUUGUUUUCGCAUGGAAUGUUGUACUAAAUGAUUGAAGUUGUGAGGUAUGUCUUUUGAUACACCGGUAAUAAUAUGAAAGUACUUUAUAAAAUGUUAUUAAGAAAGCUGUUUGCCUUCCUGUUACAUAAAGUUUUGAUAAAGUUUAUAGUUCUCAACAGUUUGCAGUGUAUUAACCAUCAUGACUAAAAUAAUUGCAAGCCCAUUUUCACGUACUCUCCUUCAGUCACAUAUACACUUUUGGACAGAAAGGCCCCAUUAACAUCACUAAGGAAAGGGGCUAAUAACUGCCACCACUAAUGCAUACAUAAUACACUCCAAAAAGUUUGACCUAAGCUUUGUUUCUUUUAGUAUUGCUUAAGAAGAUUUUCAAUGCAUACCUGAAUCUUGACCGAUUAAACACUGAAAUGUUGUCAUGUACUUUAAAAAAAAAUAAUUUGGACCAUUUUAGUGUGAUCAAUAAAUUGGAUGAAGAUA